CUCUCAAAAGGUGGGCCAUUUUAUCAUCAUGCGCUAAUGAGCAGCUCUCAUAGGAAUUAAUGAGGCCCCGCCUCCCACGCUGUAUCCAGUUCUUAUUAUACAUCCAUGGUCACUGUCACCAUAGAUAUAUAUAAACACUAGAUGGCUCAUGGGAGAUUUUCCAGCGUAGCUCACCGGCCGCCAUCUUGCUACAGUCAACAGCUACUCUGGUACGCGCUAUGGUAGCUGUUGUAAGGUUUCCCAAAACCGGAGAGAGGAGGAGGCAGUGGGAACUCGCCCUAAGAAGGGACGGUUUUGUUUCCUCUGGCAGGACGCUGCUCUGCAGUGAGUACUUCAGGAGUGAGGACUUUGACAGGACGGGGCAGACUGUCCGGCUUAAAGAUGGUAUUGUGCCAACAGUAUUCAAUUUCCCAGCUCAUCUUCAAAGGCCGGAAGCAACAAGAAGCACAACCACUUCAAGAAGAGCGGAAGAUGAACCUCAGCCUAAUGUUGUGAGUAUUCUGAAUGUGGCCAAGACCAGAGAGAUGGUCAUUGAUUUCAGGAGGGUGAGGACAUCUCUUCUACCCCUGUGCAUUCUGGGAGAGGAUGUGGCUGUUGUGGAGGACUACAAAUACCUGGGAGUGCACUUAGACAACGGACUGAACUGGAGGAUCAACACUGAUGCUGUGCACAAGAAGGGGAUGAGCAGACUCUAUUUUCUGAGCUGAGAUACUUCCACGUGUGCAGUAAGAUGCUGGAGAUCUUCUACCGGUCUGUUGUGGCCAGUGCACUCUUCUUUGCUCCGGUCUGCUGGGGGGGCAGCAUCAGAGCCGGUGACACCAGCAGGAUCAAUAAACUAAUUAGGAAAGCUGGGUC